AUGCCGAUUCACAGCGCCCUUCAACUUCUCAAUGAGUGCAGGACAGAGGGCUCAAGUGCUUUAUGCCUUGAAUCCAUAAGUCUCAAGAGAACCAAUGACUACCUCUCUCACCUCUGGCUUUUCUGUCCACGCAUAAUGAAGAUGGUGGAAGGGAUUAUGUUUGCCAAUUUGAUUGGACCUACCAGUCAAGGUGUUUCAGUGCAAUCCCUCCCACUUCCAAAAUUGCGAAACAUAGCUCUAUAUGGUGUUCAUUUGAACUGGACAAAUUUCCUUCAUUAUACUCUUGGUGCACCUCCCAAUCAGUCACUUACUGUCAGUAGCUCUAUGCAGUCGCUGGAGCUUUCCUAUCACAGCGGAGAAGUAAGGCCAAUGCCUGAUGAGUUUUCAGGGAUCUUUGAAGCUUGUCCUUGCCUGCAAAACCUUGUCCUUAGGUUCUCUGGCCUGUUGACCGGACUUUCAUGUCCCAUAUCACUUCUGCUGCUUCAGCGGCUUCACUAUGGAUAUUUUUUUCUUGGAGAUGACAUCAGGCUGUUCAGUGGGCUUCAUGCCCCCAACCUGAUAAAAUUUUCCUUGGAGGGUCGAAAUUUAUCUGGUACCACCCAUUCGCCUAUCGAGGAUGAUGGUGAAGAUGACAAAGCUGACAGCCUUUUGAAAUACUGUGUGGCUCAUCACUUGUUCCCAAAACUGCAGGAAUUGUCGCUCUACAAUGUCAACGCACCGGUGGCCACGUUCACUCUCCUCAUGGAUGCUAUUCCCACGCUCCUUCAUCUGUUGUUACAUCGCACACCAAAUGCGAUCUUGGCACUGUCGCCCAUACAGAAGUCUUUGGCAGAUCAUAGUAUGCCCUUCCCUGUCCUUAAGUCCAUCCGUAUCUUCCCAAAUUCGCAUAAGGACAGUCUUAUCGCUACACUGAAACGGUGCAGUAAAAGCGCCCCAGAUUUGCUGAGUGGCAAUGUGAAGAGAUUAUGGAAGGUGGAAUAA